CAGUUGAAUAAGUAGAAGGCAAAUAAAUUUCCAUUGAUUUCACAAGUCGUAUGCUUAAUCUUCUCUCCACCACUAUCUCUACUCGCCUUCGUUUUUUUAACAAGGUUAAAUCUCUCUCAUGUCGUUGUUACUCUUUCCAGUUUUGUUCUACUACCUCAGCGUCUUCGUCCUCUUCUUCCUUGGGAAAUGAUUCAGCUAUCCCAAGAAAUUAUGAAUCUUCCUCGUUUAAUUUACUUUCGAGGUCUGUUGGUGGGGCAACGAAGGUCCGUGGCGUUACUGGUUCCUAUCUAAAAGACUUGCUUUUGGAUUUGUCCGAUGUGGUUCCCAAUAUUACCCGUAGUUUUAUGAGAUUUCCUGGCUUGAAACCCGAAAAUGUGCUUGAGUUGUUACUGGGUUUUCAAACUGAGGUUCAAAAAGAUGGAAUUGGGAGUAGAAAGGUUCGAGCUUUAUGGGAGAUUUUCAGAUGGGCUGGUGGGCAAUAUAAAGGGUUUAAGCAUUUACCUCAGGCUUGUGAAGUCAUGGCCUCGAUACUUAUCCGGGAAGGUAUGGUUAAGGAAGUUGAAUUGUUGCUUAUGGAGAUGGAGAGUACGGGAGAUACAUUGGUUAAGGAGGGGAUUUUCUGUGAUUUGAUCGGGAAAUAUGUAGAUGAUUUCGAUUCCAGGAAGGCAGUUAUGCUGUUUGAUUGGAUGAGGCGUAGGGGUUUAGUACCUGUAGCUUCGUGUUACCAGAUUCUUAUUAAUUAUUUGGUCAGAUUUCACAGAACAGAAUCAGCAUAUAGAAUUUGUUUGGAUUGGGUGGAGACAACUGCUGAAUCAAAUCAGAUGAACUUAGAUAGAAUCGGGAAAGUUAUUGAGUUGCUUUGCUUGGACCAGAGAGUGCAGGAGGCUAGAGUCUUAGCGAGAAAGCUUGUGGCUUUGGGUUGUAACCUGAAUAGCUCAGUUUAUAGUAAGAUUGCUUUAGGAUACAGCGAGAAGCAAGACUUUGAGGAUUUGUUGAGUUUCAUUAGUGAAGUUAAAUAUCAACCUGAUUUGUUUGUUGGCAAUCGGAUUGUACAUUCACUCUGCAAAAGGUUUGGCUCAGAGAGAGCUUCUGUAUAUAUGGAAGAGCUUGUGCGCUUAGGUUUUAAUCCUGAUGAAGUCACCUUCGGUAUCUUGAUUGGUUGGUGUUGUUAUGAAGGAGAUAUCAAAAGAGGGUUUCUUUACUUAUCUGAGGUUACGUCAAAGGGUUUUAAACCCGAUGUGUGUAGUUAUAAUGCUAUCUUAGGUGGGCUUUUUAGAAUAGGAUUGUGGCAACAUACCAGUUGUAUUCUGGAUGAGAUGAAGGAAAAUGGCCUGUUCCCCAGCUUGUUUACAUUUAAGAUAAUGGUAACUGGAUACUGCAAAGCUAGACGGUUUGAAGAAGCUAAGGCUAGUGUUAAGGAGAUGUUUGGUUAUGGGUUGAUAGAAGCAUCUCAAGUUGAAGAUCCGCUUUCAGAAGCAUUUAGUUUAGUAGGAUUUGAUCCUUUAGCUGUUAAAUUGAAAAGGGACAAUGAUUCCAAAUUAUCCAAAGCUGAAUUCUUCGAUGAUCUUGGGAAUGGCUUAUACUUGCACACUGAUUUGGAUGCUUACGAGCAGAGGUUGAAUAUGUUACUUGAUAGAUCAGCGCUUCCGGAAUUUAAUUUGCUUAUCGUUAAAGCAUGUAAGGACGGCGAUUUACAAACAGCAUUGAAGCUUCAUGAUGAAAUGGCUCGAUGGGGUCAAAAACUAUCACGCCGGAGUUUUGCUGUUUUAAUGAAGAGUCUCUGUGCAUCACGUUUCCAUGUCAAAGUAAGUGUUAGCCUAUUGGAAAAAUGGCCAAAGCUGGCUAAUCAGUUAGAUGGAGAAACCCUCAACGUUCUUGUCCAAGAAUAUUGCAAGAAGGGAUUUAACCGACAUAGCAAACUCAUUUUCCAUCGAAUGAUACAAAUGCAUCAUCCUAUCGAUAAUGCAACUUACACAUCUUUGAUUAGUUGUUUUUGUAAGAAAGAAACACUAAAUGAUCUUCUAAAUGUGUGGAAUGCUGCCCAAAAUUCUAACUGGUUACCUGAUUUGAUCUAUUGCGGAGCUCUAUGGGAAGGUCUUGUACGGAAAGGAUUGGUGGAGGAAGCCGUUAAACUCUUUGAGCACAUAUUCAUAUCUUAUCCUCUAUCACAGUCAGAAGCCUGUAUGAUUUUCGUCGAGAAGCUCACAGUUCUUGGGUUUGCAUCUAUUGCUCAUUCUGUUGUUAAAAGGCUUGAAGGAGAAGGUUACAUUUUGGAACAAGUGGUUCACAAUCAUCUUAUCAGAGGACUCUGCAAGGAGAAGAAUGAUUCAGCUGCAUUUGAUAUACUCGACGAAAUGCUAGACAAGAAACACUUUCCGAGCGUGGGAAGUUCUUUGAUGUUAAUUCCUCGACUUUGUGGAGCUAACAAAACAGAAAAGGCAUUUACUUUAGCAGAGCAAUCAGAUUCAUCUUCUGUCCACUGUGCUUUGAUAGAAGGACUAUGCUUAGCUGGGAUGAUGCUCGAUGCAGAAAAGCAGCUAAGGAUAAUGUUAUCAAACGGGUUUUUACCGAAUACCGAUAUCUACAAUCUGAUGUUUCAAGGUUAUUGUAAAGGUAACAACUGGAGGAGAGUUGAGGAAGUCCUAGGAAUCUUGGUGAGAAAGAACAUAAUCUGUUCGGUUAUGAGUUACAGAGAAUAUGUUCGGAAAAUGUGUUUAGAACGUCAGUUUCUGUCUGCAAUAAGGCUGAAGGAGUUUCUGGUUCUAGGAGAAAGCAAUCCUGGCGGAGUAAUCAUUUAUAAUCUGCUGAUUUUCUAUCUGUUUCAGGCUAAGAAUCGUUUGGAGGUUAAUAACGUCUUGCUCGAAAUGCGGGAGAAAGGUUUUUUGCCUGAUGAAACCACAUUUAAUUUUCUUGUACACGGAUACUCUUUGUCUGGAGAUUAUUCAAGUUCUGUGCAAUAUCUCUCGGCUAUGAUCUCUGAGGGGAUGAAACCUAAUCAUCGAAGCAUAAGAGCAGUUACAAGGUCUCUGUGUGACAAUGGAAAUGUGAAGAAAGCUCUUGAUUUGUGGCAGGUAAUGGAAUCAAAAGGCUGGAUUUUGGGUUCUUCAGUUGUCGAAACCAAAAUCGCUGAAUCCCUAAUUUCGAAAGGAGAAAUUCCAAAAGCUGAAGAUUUUCUGACCAGUGUGACACGCAAUGGCAUCAUGGCUCCCAACUACGAUAAUCUAAUCAAGAAACUAUCUGACCACGGGAGUCUUGACAUAGCGGUUCAUCUCUUGAACACAAUGAUGAAGAACCGAAGCAUUCCAGAUUCUUCAAGCUAUGAUUCAGUCAUCAGUGGCUUGCUGAGAUGCAAUCAAUUGGAAAAAGCUAUGGACUUUCAAACAGAAAUGGUGGAAUUAGGUCUAAGUCCAAAAUUAAGUACAUGGAGUGGUCUUGUUCUUAAGUAUUGUGAGGCAAGUCAAGUUAUGGAAUCAGAAAGACUCUUCAAAUCAAUGGUUGGGCUAGGCGAAACACCGAGCCAAGAGAUGUUCAAGCUUGUGAUUGAUCAAUUUCGAGUAGAGAACAAUACAGUGAAAGCUUCGGAGAUGAUGGAAAUGAUGCAGAAGUGUGGUUAUGAAAUUGAUUUUGAGACCCAUUGGUCUUUGAUCAGUAACAUGAGCACUGCUAAAGAGAAAAAGACAACAGCUGGUGAAGGAUUCUUGUCUAGACUUCUCUCUGGCAACGGGUUUACUUGGAAGCGAUGACUCAUUUUUUAAAAGUUUGACGCUAAUUUAUAAAUAUAAAAAAACUUGUGUUCUUUUUAUGUAAUUUAACGAUCGUGGCGCAAACGUGGAACCCCCUAAGAGAGCCAGAGUGUUUAGUUUGACUUUUGUUGUUGUCAACUUUUGCGUUAUUUGACUAAUUCAUCUUCACAUAAGCCAACUCAAAAGCUGAA